AUGCGUUCCCUGCUCAAAUGUCCUCCCCGGCCGGACUUCCAACCGAACCUCUCAUGUUCUAUGACACCGCUGAGCCAUACCCCACAAACUACCGGUUACACUUUUGUGGCCUGGCCCAACCUUAGGUUUUUGGCGGAAGAUCGGUUUGGCCGUGAGGUUCUCAACAAGGAGUUCAUCCUGCCGGACAACCUCCACCUCACCGGCGAUGGCCUGGAUGCUUGGGCCGACUGCGCGGAAGCCGCGGUUCACUCUGGGCUAGGGGAAGGCUAGCUAAGGCAGUGGAGGGCCGCCGUUGUCUUGCGUUUUGUAGUAUUUGCGUGCGUGUGUAUUGGACGCUCGCCUUUUGCCCCGAUGAGCGGCACCGCGUAUCAUGCGGGGAUUUGAGCAGUACACGUUAGUCUUGUUUCCAACCAUCUCAACAACGAGAUGGUAGCAGUGUCUGUAUCUCUCUCCACCCUCAAAACGCUACCUAUUGAAGCUGGUACAGAGUAGCUUCUGCAAAGCUUCUGAUACAAGAUGCGGUAGUUGUGCUGCAACAGUUUUUUGUGUGUUGCUUCCUGUGACGAGAAACGUGUUGCGUUGUUGUAUACGUACCGAAUAUUGGGUACUACCACAUUUGCCUCCUGGGACAUCCUCCAGGAGACUAUUGUUCGCCCAUAUCUUCGGGGGGGCAUGAGAGGUGUUGUUUGUCUAACCCGAAAGCCGCUUGCUGGACGCUUGACCCUGUGUAGAAAAAGAAUUGCACCGUCGGCUUUGGAGAUAGGGGCGACGGGGAACGAAAUCCCGCAACCCCAAGGUUGACGUGUCUUUGACGUUGUA